CGGCCAUUUGCUCUCCUUUGCUGCUGAAAGAUAGCAGGAAGGGACGAAUUUCCAGAACAGCAAAUUGCAGGUUUGCUUUUAAAAGGAAUUACCUGAAAGGAGAGGAGCACGCGUGGAGGAUUAGAGGUUCUCCUGCAGAAUUCAGAGCUCCCUGACUCCACAGUCUCUCCAGUCCUGGUGUCCUAAAAGAUCCUCUUCUACCAAAAUCAACUGAACACUGAGUGAGGGAAAAGGAAGAAAAGCUCCUGGGCAGAGGGACAAACAAACAUAAUAUCAAAUGAAGCACAUGGAGAAUCCCCUCCCCGGAUGAGGAUAGAUCUUCAAAAUUAGAGAGUAUCAUUUCUAUGGCGGAAGAAGGAGGGGACACAUCCACAGAAGGAGCAACGAACAGGUCCUCAGGGUUUUUCUCAUUGGUGAGAACCUGGUUCAGAAAGCAUUUACGUCAAGAUGGCCAGAGAUCUGAUUCUUCAGUUGAGGCUCAAGGGGGAGAAAACAAAGAUGACAAAGCUAAGCCAAAGAAGGAUGGGAAAGAUGAACAGAAAAAGGAAAAGAAAGAAAUCUUUGUAGUAGAUCCUUCAAGCAACCUGUAUUAUAGGUGGUUGGGAAUCAUUGCAGCACCAGUAUUCUAUAACUGGUGUCUAUUGGUAUGUAGGGCCUGCUUUGAUGAGCUUCAGAUGAAUCAUCUUGCACUUUGGCUGUUCUUGGAUUAUUCUUCUGAUAUUAUCUACCUCAUGGACACAUUUGUCAAAUUCAGGACAGGUUUCCUUGAACAAGGACUACUAGUUAAAGAUGAAAAGAAAUUGAAAGAAUAUUAUAAAUCAACUUUGCAGUUCAAGUUGGACCUGUUGUCCCUUUUUCCAACUGAUCUAGGAUUUUUACACUUUGGAAUGAACUAUCCUGAGUUGCGAUUUAACCGGUUACUGAGACUUCCCCGCCUAUUUGAAUUUUUUGAUCGUACAGAAACAAGAACAAACUAUCCAAAUGUAUUUCGUAUAGGGAACCUUGUCUUGUACAUUCUCAUCAUUAUUCACUGGAAUGCAUGUAUAUAUUUCGCCAUUUCCAAACUAAUUGGAUUUGGAACUGACUCCUGGGUUUAUCCCAAUAUCUCCCAUCCUGAACAUGGACGGUUGUCCAGAAAAUAUAUUUACAGCCUAUAUUGGUCCACGCUGACAUUGACAACCAUUGGAGAAACUCCACCUCCAGUGAAAGAUGAAGAGUAUCUAUUUGUGGUCAUGGACUUUUUAGUGGGUGUGCUUAUCUUUGCUACCAUUGUGGGCAAUGUAGGCUCUAUGAUUUCUAACAUGAAUGCCUCUAGGACAGAGUUCCAGGCCAAGGUUGAUUCCAUCAAGCAAUACUUGCAAUUUCGAAAGGUCACUAAAGAUUUGGAAGCAAGAGUGAUUAAAUGGUUUGAUUAUCUGUGGACCAAUAAGAAAACAGUAGAAGAAACAAAAGUCCUGAGAUACCUCCCUGAUAAGCUGAAAGCUGAGAUUGCCAUAAAUGUCCAUAUGGAUACACUAAGAAAAGUGCGGAUCUUCCAAGAUUGUGAAGCUGGACUCCUGAUUGAGUUGGUGUUGAAAUUAAAACCUACUGUUUUCAGUCCUGGAGACUAUAUAUGCAAAAAAGGUGAUAUUGGAAGAGAGAUGUAUAUUAUUAAAGAAGGAAAACUGGCUGUCGUCGCAGAUGAUGGAGUGACACAGUUUGUGGUUCUAAGUGAUGGCAGUUACUUUGGAGAAAUCAGCAUCUUAAACAUCAAAGGCAGCAAAGCUGGCAAUAGGAGAACUGCCAAUAUCAGAAGCAUAGGUUACUCUGAUCUGUUCUGUUUGUCCAAGGAUGACCUGAUGGAAGCUCUCACUGAAUAUCCUGAGGCCAAAAAGGCACUGGAAGAAAAAGGACGGCAAAUUUUGUUGAAAGAUAACUUGAUUGAUGAGGAGGCAGCUAAAGCAGGAGCUGAUCCAAAAGACUUGGAAGAGAAAAUAGGUAAACUUGAAGCAGCUCUGGAUACUCUUCAGACAAGGUUUGCUAGACUUUUAGCAGAGUACACUGCCUCACAGUCUAAACUCAAACAGAGACUUGUAGAAGUUGAGACCAAAGUGAAGAAGUCUGGAAACGACGCUUUGUUAGAUGUACCAGACAAAGCUGGAAAAUCAGAAGAACAGAAAAAGAAUUAAGUAUGUAUGGUCAUCUUCAUUUAGCACAGAACUACUGCACCCUAUAUGAACACACUUGCAAAUAUGUGAACAGGAUUGUUUUAUAUCAUUUGGAACCAGCAAGUUUGUAUAGUUUUUAAUUGAAGCAAUUGUCUUCUAAAUAGUAAAUGCUGAACUUUUAUCACCUUUUUAGAAACAGAUUUCCACAUUUCUUUUAUUUAUUUUGUAUUGGGGAAAGAUUUUCUAUGAGUGAUGAUCACCUCUUAUUAUUAGGUGUUUGUAUAGACUCCAUCACAUUUAUCAUUCUAGCUUUACAACAAGCACCUGAUGCAAAGAGAAACUUCUCUGAAUGGAACAGACUUUAUAAUACUGAUGCAUAAAUAUACCAACAUGACUUGCCCAUUUUCUUCCUUGAAAUAGCAGUUUUUUCCAUUAAUAUAAUGCAUCCAUUUCACAUUAUGUCUUUUUUGCUUAUUAAAAAAACCCCUUAAUGUCUAGAUGUGGCCUAGAAUGUGUGUGUUGGAAAACAGAGAGUGGAUUUGUCCAAAUGCAGACCCGUGCAACAGCAAAAUAUCCACAUUUCUCUGUUGUAUUGCAUUAGCAGAAAAAUCCCUCCAGCAACCGUUUGUGACUCACAUCCUGAUGGGUUUCACACUCAACAGUUUCCUGACAAAAUCUCUCAUGUUUGCUCAGAGUUGGAUGCUAUUUUGACAAAUGUAAAAAAAUUAAGACUGGUAAUAUGAGUUUGCUACCUAUAGGCUAUGAGGGACUGAGUUCAGGAGGUGAUUAAUGCCUCUUUGAAGGAGGAAAUGGUACCUCCUUGCCCAAUCUGAUAGAGUAUACCUUUCUUGAAAGGACCCACUCUCAAUCCUACAAUGUUAGAUAACUUCUGUCCAAUCUCUGAUUUUCAUUUUUUGGGAACAUUCUGGUGAAGGUGGUAGUAGUGCUUCAUUGCAAAGAUGAAGAUGACUAUUUUAAUCCCUUAUGGUCAUGGUUCAGUUCUGGGCAUGGACAGCAAUGACAUUAUUUGCUCUGUAUGGGGACACGAAAAGAACCCCCUUGGGAAUCCCCUUGGCAAUGGUGAUGUCACCAGCUAAUCCUUUCAACCAAGAAGUGCUUUGGUAGGUACUUCUGACACAAAUGCUCUCAUGGAUGACCUCUAUUGGAAUCUGGAUGAUGGAAGGCAGCUCUUCAAUGGUUUCUGAUGGCAUGAACUAUUUUAUCCUACUAGAUCAUAUCAAACUCAUGAUGUCAUGUGACGUCGUGCGAUGUAUUGUGACUUUCCCACCAUUGCCGGCAAUGGGGUGGGCACGGUUUCAGUGUGAUGCAUCCGGCCCACGGGCCGGCAGUUUGACAUGCCUGUUCUAGACCAUCUUGUAGAAUUAGGGAAUCAGGAUUCUAUAGAGAUUCCACUCCUUCUGGGAGGUACCAUUUAAUACUACUUGAUAAGAUUAAAAAAUGUGGGUUAGACAGCAUCACCAUCAGAUGGAUUCGUAGUUGGCUGACCGGCCGUA